AUGGGCUCUGAACCCAAGAUUGAGACCUCACCCGAGCCCGAAGGAUCAUCUCGAGACACCUGCGUGGUUGACGACCUGGAGGUAUUCGGCCCCAGCAGCGAUGGAGUGCACUUUCGAACAUUGAGCUGGCCUAGUGCUUCUAUGAUUUUCUUGAAAAUAACAUUUGCCACCGGGGUCUUGUCAAUCCCCACCUCUAUGUAUCAGUUGGGAGCGGUUGGCGGUAGCUUGAGUGUUUUGGGCUGGACCGCGUGGAAUCAAUACACGGCCGUUGUGAUGUACAAUUUUCGCCAGCGACACGGGUGCUGUCACUCUAUUGCCGAUAUGGCGCAUAUCAUCGGCGGCAGAGUAGGCAAAGAAGUCAUCGGCGUGCUAUUCGUUCUAGGCAACGUUAUUUGCGCCGGAUCCGCCAUCAUCGCGGUGUCAACCGCUCUGAAUACUCUCUCGCAUCACAGUGCUUGCACUGUUUGGUGGGCUUUGGUGGCUUGGAUAUCUAUCGCUACGUUAUCCUCUAUACGCAAGCUCGAGCAGAUUGGCUGGCUUACCUGGAUCGCCUUUAUUUCCAUCUUCACAGCAGUCUUCAUCGUGGUUGUCGGGGUCACUCAGCUGGAUCGUCCGGCGGCGGCGCCGUCCACUGGUCCCUAUGAGCUAGGAUUCUAUGCUCUGCCGCCCCUGAAGCCUACAUUUGCAGUCGGCAUGCUGGCUACCUGCAAUAUCUUCGUUGCAAGUUCCAAUACCGGUGCAUUCGUGCCGGUGAUUGCAGAGAUGAAGAACCCUGGCGACUUUAAGAAAGCUGUGCAUGUCGCCAUGAGCUUGAUUAUGCUUUUCUAUUUCACCUUCAGCCUGGUUGUCUACGCGUACUGUGGAAAAUGGGUCGCUAAUCCAUCUUUGGGGAGCGCCGGACCUACCGUCAAGAUGAUUGCCUACGGAGUAGGUCUAUUUGGCCUGAUCAUGAGCGGAUGUCUCUACUCCCACGUGGCCGCGAAGUAUCUUUUCGUCCGUCUCUUACGCAAUACCUCUCAUCUUCAACGCAACACCUUAAUUCACUGGUCUACAUGGCUGGGCUGUACGUUGGGUAUAACAACCCUCGCUUUCAUUAUUGCUGAGGCUGUACCUAUUUUCAAUUAUCUACUGGCUCUGGUCGGUUCCCUUAUAAUGGGACCUUUGAGCAUUUGUCUACCAGCCGUCCUUUGGUUAUUCGACAAUCGAAACCACUGGUGGGCAAAGGGUAACUUUCAAAAGCCACUUGCAUACGCCUUUCACACCCUUUUUCUAAUGAUUGGAGCCUUCAUAACUGUGGCAGGUACUUACGCGGUGUGUGUUGAAAUUAACAAUGCAUAUGAAAGUGGCCAGAUUGGAUCUGCUUUCUCGUGUGCCGAUAACUCGAAUACAAUAGCUGAAUAG